AUGGCUGAUAUGAAAGAGAUGUUUUGGAGGGAUAAAUUAAGAAUUCAAUGGAAUGAAGAGGGUGACAGAAAUACUAUGUUCGUUCAUAGAAUUGCAAAAGUAAAAAGAUCGAGAAACACUUUUUCUUGUCUAAAGAUUAUUUCUGUUGAUGUAGUAGACAAGUUGGUUAUCAAAAAUAAAAUCUUUGAGCACUUCUUUGAUAGGUUUAAAUCUUUCGAACUUACUCAAAUCCCUCUUACAAAUAUGAAUUUCAAGUCAAUCUCUUCUGAAGAUGCUACUUGGUUGGAAAGGCCUAUAUCAGAAGAAGAAGUUUUUGUUGCUUUCAAACUUUUGGGCCAGAAAAGAGCACCAGGGUUUUCAGUGAUAACAUUCUUUGAAGAUAUCUGUGGUACUUUCGCUUCAUCACGAACUGGUAUAUUACCUGAUAAAUUCUGUUGCUGCCCAGAUACACCACCCAUAUUAGAUUCAGAAAAUGGGUUUCGGCCAUGUCUGGUAAACUUGGAUCCUUGGAUCCCUGGUUGUAUCUCUAAAGUUACAUUUUCCAUUCUUAUUAAUGGAUCUUCUUUCAGAAAAUUUACCUCUGAAAAGGGAUUACGCCAAGGAGAUCCACUUUCCCCUUUUUUAUUUCUUCUAGUUUCUGAGGUUCUAACUAUGCUUUUUGAUAAAGCUAAAGAAACUGGGAUCUUGGGUGGAUUUUUAUCUUCCGGAUCUUCUACAACUGUUAAAACUAAUUUUUCUAAGAGCAGUUUGUUUGGAGUUGGAGAUGUCAAUGACCUUGAAGACCUUGCUGAGAUUUUAAAAUUCUCUUGUAGUUGCUUCCCAACUAGCUACUUGGGUAUGCCGCUGGGAGGUAAAACUAAUACUGCUUCUAAAUGGGAUAAAAUUUUGGAGAUUUGCAGAACAAGACUUUAUUCUUGGAAAAGAAAAUCUCUCACCAAAGAGGGUGUGACAAUUUGGGUAUCAGUACACAUAUUUCUCUGUUUUGCCUUUGUUUUGGAAGAUUUUCUCUGUUUUGCUCGAGUUUUAGUUGCUGAAAGUGUUAGAUCAUAA